AUGUCGGUGCAGAGGGUGGGAGGCGCCGGGGCCCAUGGAGGCCCCUUCAUGGCGCCAGCAGAGCCGCCCGCGCUGUCGCCCUUUGCGGCCACCCGGCGCAUCGGGCACCCCUACCAGAACCGCACGCCGCCCAAGCGCAAGAAGCCGCGCACCUCCUUCUCGCGGGUGCAGAUCUGCGAGCUGGAGAAGCGCUUCCACCGCCAGAAGUACCUGGCGUCGGCCGAGCGCGCCGCCCUCGCCAAGUCGCUCAAGAUGACGGACGCGCAGGUGAAGACCUGGUUCCAGAACCGGCGCACCAAGUGGCGGCGGCAGACGGCGGAGGAGCGCGAGGCCGAGCGGCAGCAGGCGAGCCGGCUGAUGCUGCAGCUGCAGCACGACGCCUUCCAGAAGUCGCUCAACGAGUCCAUGCAGCCCGACCCGCUGUGCCUGCACAACUCCUCGCUCUUCGCGCUCCAGAACCUGCAGCCCUGGGAGGAGGAGAGCGCCAAGAUCCCGCCCGUCACCUCCCUCGUCUAG